GGGGGGGAUAUAAACUCUUUUAUUGGUUGAAAUUAAAUGCCCGCGUCUACUUCAGGUUUAUACGUAGUUUAUUAAUUUAAAGGAAAUAUACACUAAAUUUGAAUCAAAUAUCUUUUGCUCAGUAUUAUUUACUGUUCAGUUUCAUUGAAUUCCUUGGUUUAAAUCCUACAGUAAGACUUCUAUGUUAUAUGGUUUAUCCCCACUACUACUUUGUGAGUGUGGGGAGGGAAUCGAUUUGUCCUCGGUCGCUACUUCUGUAACGUUGGCACCAGUGUCGGAAAAUUCUUUGGAGGAACAGGUGUUCUCAAUGUUUUGAUUCUGUCCGAGUGAGUUUGUAGUUCAGUUGAAUACAUGAAUUUGAGAGUUUUCUCUCGGGAGGAUUUCUUAAAUAAGAUGAAUUGACUAAGGUUGAAGAGUAACACUUGAUGGAACAUCUGAUAGUUGCAAUGCAACAUUUGUGGUACUUAUGAAAUAGCACAGCAGAAUGCCUCAUCAGUACGGGAUGGCAGUCAGCCUUCUGUCUCCGGUCGACCGUUACUACAGGAGUGACGAACAACGGCUCACGAGAGAUGCGAUGGAGAAGUACCUCAGAGAGCGGAGUGAUAUGGUCAUAGUCAUCCUGCACGCCAAAGUUGCUCAAAAGUCUUACGGAAAUGAAAAAAGGUUUUUUUGUCCUCCACCGUGUAUAUACCUGUACGGUGAGGGUUGGAGAUUACGUCAAGAAAAAUUGCUCCGAGCAGGAGAGUCAGACCAAGCUGCUCAGCUGUGUGCGUUCAUUGGCAUCGGAAAUUCCGAUCAGGACAUGCAACAACUCGACUUGAACAACGGGAAACAGUAUUGUGCUGCGAAAACCCUUUACAUUUCAGACUCUGACAAGCGAAAGCACUUUAUGCUCUCCGUGAAGAUGUUUUACGGGAGUGGCCAUGACAUUGGUGUUUUUCACAGUAAACGAAUUAAAGUGAUUUCAAAACCCUCAAAGAAAAAGCAAUCAUUAAAGAAUGCCGAUCUUUGUAUAGCCAGUGGUACUAAAGUAGCUCUUUUUAAUAGACUCCGUUCACAGACCGUUAGCACGCGGUAUCUCCAUGUGGAGAACGGCAACUUUCACGCGAGUUCGACCCAGUGGGGAGCCUUCACGAUCCAUCUGCUCGAUGACGACGAGAGUGAGAGUGAGGAAUUCAGUGUUAGAGACGGAUAUGUACAUUAUGGCAGUACAGUGAAGCUGGUGUGCAGUGUCACCGGUAUGGCUCUGCCACGACUGAUCAUACGGAAAGUGGAUAAGCAAAUGGCACUGUUAGAAGCAGAUGAUCCUGUCUCACAGCUACAUAAGUGUGCGUUUUAUAUGAAGGACACGGAGAGAAUGUAUCUGUGCUUGUCGCAAGAGAGAAUCAUCCAGUUCCAGGCAACACCGUGCCCCAAGGAGCCUAACAAGGAGAUGAUCAAUGACGGAGCCUGUUGGACCAUAAUAAGCACUGACAAGGCCGAGUACCAGUUUUACGAGGGAAUGGGUCCCGUGAGGUCCCCUGUCACACCAGUUCCUGUGGUCCACAGUCUGCAUCUUAACGGUGGUGGGGAUGUGGCCAUGUUGGAACUGUCGGGUGAGAACUUCACUCCCAAUCUCCAAGUCUGGUUUGGUGAUGUCGAAGCUGAAACCAUGUACAGGUGUCAGGAAAGCAUGUUGUGUGUUGUGCCCGACAUUUCAUCAUUCCGAGGCGAGUGGCUGUGGGUCCGCCAGCCGACUCAGGUUCCGGUGUCCCUGGUCCGCAACGAUGGUAUCAUCUACGCAACAGGGCUCACUUUUACGUACACACCUGAGCCAGGCCCGCGCAGCCACUGUCCACCCGCCGAUGACAUCAUGCGUACCAACCACUCUGACCGCCUACCUCCCAUCACUGACAUGCCAUGGAACCAGCCCCAGGGCAUCUAAUGUUAGUCACAUGUAUGUGCAUAUGUGUUUGUUUUUUAUUUUCACGAUACCGAAUUAAGUGCUUGAGUCUUAACAAACAGGAGCCUGACUACUUCCGUUCGUCUACACAUGCGUAGUAGACACUAAAAGUUAUUGAAAAAGUAAGAUAUUGCAGUAGACUCUAUAGUUCCUAAAAAUGUAAUAACAUUGACAUGCCAUAAGAUGGCAAACAUGACUCAUGGUUUUGUAACAGAAAAACAUAUCCAUUGUGAAAUGUAUAAAUCUCUUUUAGAAUUAUUUCUUAUCUGUAUUACUUUGGCCAUAAUAAAUUAUGUAAAAUGAUGUGCUCAUUGUUCAAGUACAUAUUACUUUGGUCAUUAUUAUUUACAAGUUUACAACAACUUGUAACUUACAUGUACAUGAGUCCCUUUCAAUCUCGGUGACAUGUAACUUCACCAUGAAUUGAACUUGGUGCAUGAAUGUGUCAUUACUGUAGCAUGUGUCCCACAAGAUACACAUAGUCAGCAUUAUAAAGUGAUCUUAUGUGUACAGUACAACCUUGUUUAUCUGGAUCGAUUUUACAAAAGGAGUAACAUUUUUUAAUAAUAAACUAUUUUUAUAUUUCCAGUGUGAUUUGUUUUUGUCAUUAACACAUGAUUAGUGUUCAGAGUAAUAUGUACGAUAUAAUAACAAUUAAACUAAAACUGUAUCAGGAGCUUAUUCUUCAACAAUAACAGAGGACAGAGAAACUAAUUCUAUUAAUGAGGUACUGGCAGAUUUCUUUACUCACGCUGAUGCCUCGGCCCUGCUAGACACAGGUGACUUUCUUUUUUGUUUGUUUUGUUGGUUUACUUAUGGUCCCAAGUAAUCCGGAUAAAUGAGGUUGUACUGUAUUGCUAUAUGUUUUAUGGAGAGCUUAAGCUCAUGGAAAUUAUUUUGUUUAUAGUUAUGUAACAUUUUAACGAUAAAAAUCAUAUGUAUUCUUCUUUAAAAGCAUGAAAAAAGUAAGAAAUGCAAAUUAAAAUCUUUAUUAUACAAUCUGUUUCAUAGAAUUUGCCCCCUUAAGGACCAGUAUAAAAAAUUAUGUCCCGAAAUUGCACACUGCCAUUUUGGAGGAUAAAAAGUCCCAAAGAAGCAUAGGCCAAAUAGCAAGAGUUUUUCUUAGAGUUUUAAAAAUAACCUUAACUAGAAUCCAGUGAAUAUGAAAGUUAUUUUUAGUACCAAACUGGGAAUAAAUUAGUGGCCUCAUACAGAGUUGUGUUAACCUUUCAGCAGAUCUGAAAAUAUUUGUAACACAAAUCAUAACCUAUGCAAAAAACUUAAAAAUUUUUUAAUUAAAUAUAAGUUUUGAUUUGAAUGCAAUCCAGUUUCUUUUAUAAUUUAUGUAAAGUAGAAUGUUAUAAUAGAAAUAGGUUGGAAGCCACAGUAAAUAUGAAAAAGUUUAAAAAAGAGAAACUGAUCUUAUUUUAUCUUCAAGCUGUCAGUCCUCAAAUACUGGUAUACUGUCUUUGAGCCUUUAUAAAGAUCUUAAUAAAAUUACAAAAGCAAUUUGAUGCAAAACGAGGUGGGUUAAUGGAGUAGCUAUUGAUAGAGUGCUACUUCCUACUUCACCCCAGCCUUAGGGUACCUAUUUGUGAUACCUUUGGAAUUUAGAACACAGUCUUUUUCAAUGCUUCGGCCAAAACCAUUCAACCAAUGAAUGUAAAAAAUCUUUUCCAACAUCAUACCAAACCAUUCUUCUUUUGGCUGUCCCAUGGUCUGAUAUUGUAAAUUUUACGAUCCUUUGAGAUCGUAAUGUCCAGUUGCAGUCAACAGUUUCUCUCAGGUGCUCCCUUCUCUGUGGUGCAAAGGCGGCACUAUGGCCUUUGACAAGCAGUUGUCGAUAGUGCUAACCAGGAUACUGGUGCUAUAGUUUGAUUGACCAUUUAGAUCAUCUUGGGCUCUCCUCUAAGAAUCCCAGGCUCAAGGUCUUAUAGAGACAAAAAAGUCUGUUCAUCAAAUAGCAUUAUUGUUAUGAUUCAGUUAAAAAAAUUAAAUAAUUCAUCAUACAGUUUUAUAUUGAUUAUUAUUUUAAUAAUGCAUCUAAUUUUUAACUUUAUCUAUGUAAAAAAUAGAACAUUUAUUUAUGAAAAAACAUUUUUCAUUUGAUCCUAAAACUAAAAUGAUGUUCAGUGAUUAAGACACAGUUUACAUAAUAAAAAAAACCCUGUCUAUCUAGUAAGAGUUUAAAAGUAACAAAUUGAAGGAUUUAAAAAUUUCUUUUACCUUAGUAGGAGUUUAACUCCUAUUAAAAAGUUACUUGAUAUCACUUGAUAUGUUACAGUUCAUAGAAUUGUUGUAUAUUUAGAACUUUUAAUAAGAAACGAAAUUAUUAUUAGAUAGUCCAUAAUUUUCAUUGUUGGUUUUGAUAACGGGAUUUUACCAACUUACAAUGCAGUGCAGACAAAAGUGUUGUCUUAUGAAUUCAGUUUUAAAUUCUCUGAUUGCUCAUAUUUUAUGUGUGGAGCAGUAUUAAUUUUGUGUUGUUUAGGUUUGACUAUAUUACAGUGCCUGAUAAGACACUUUUUGGAAAUAAAAUAGGACAUUUAUGACAAAUAAAUCCCAGAAAGAGGCAUUAUGCACAGCAAUAACAGAAUGAACUGAGGACUGAGCGGCAGUAGGAAAAUUUAAUGUCUGUGGUACCACCCUGCUGCUCACAUCAGUCAAGAGUUCUUCUUUCGUACAAUACAAACAUUGAACUUUUAAGUCGCCGCUCAAACACUCACCUCCCACAGUUUACCGCUUGUAUCGCGGCUGAACAGGGUUUACUAUUUAAAAAUUGUCUUUAGUAUUAUUGCAAACAUUACUAUGUACAAUAUCAUAGAAAUAGAGGGUGCAUUUUGAAUUGUGUAAUUUUGAAUUUGUAGAAUUUCAGUUUUAGAAAUAAAUAAUAAACUUGUUAAAUCUAUGCUAAAAUGUGUAAAACCGUGUAUACAAUAAUAAAAACAUAUUUCCCCUUAGCCAGGAAACUAUUUUAAGACAAGUUAUAUUAUGUAAUAUGAUAUCACCAUAUACAUACAGUGAACAGGUAUUAGCACAGGAACAAAGCUACUUUGUAUAGUUAGACUGAGAUAUAUAUGUAGUAUUAUCACGAGAGGUUUGAGUCAUUGUAAAUAUUACAUUGUAAGAUGAUUGUUUGCAGGUAUUUCCUGUCAAUUAAUUGUAGUGCUGUAUAUUUUUGUACAUAACUUUGUGUUUUGUGGCAAUUAUUUAUAUUUUAUUAUCAUUUUUUGAUAUUUUAAGAUUUGUAAGAGAAUGUGCAAUCAAUGUUUGGUUACUUUCAGUCUCUCUUUAAAAAUAAUACAUUUCAAGUUUCCAACUAAAAUUGUAUUUUUUACAAUUCAUUGGUCUCUACUUUUUUAAUUUGUCUAAAACAAGUAUAACAGGUCCAAAAAUUUCCAUAUUGUUGCUUUAACUCAAGCAGAGGUUUGCUGAAUGAAAAAUUUCUCUUUUUGCAAUUAGAAUCACUGGUAUACAGCAUUGUUUUCCUUUACUGGUGGUAAACAGUGAGAUUUUUGUUGGAAGUUGUGAAAAAGUCCUUUGUUCAUUUGUCGGAUUUAAAAGUAUUAGUUUCUAAACCAGCAUGCCAAAAUCAAAUCCUUUAUAUUACUUGGGGAAAUUCUUUAAAUGCUGAAGGAAAAGUAUAUGUGAUAAAAAUAAAACAGUAUUGUAUUUAUGGGCAAAACUAAAACUAUACAAACAUCAUAGAUGAUCAUCAACGUGAAUGCCCCUAACACUUCCUUUAGAAACGAAAAUAGAAUUUUAUAGGUGAAUAAUCAUCAGUAUUUUCUUUGAACUUGGCAUUUCAGAUGAAAGUGUUCACAGUAUUCAUUGUGAUGUUUGAACAUGGAUAGUAAUUAUUGAGUAUGAUUUCAAAAAUAUUAUUCGCUAACCAAAAGGAAAUAAACAUAAGUGUAAAAAGUGACAUAAUUGACAAGGUUGAUGAAUGGCAGUUUAAUUAUAACAGAGCUACAGUGAUGCAAAAUUCAAGAAGAGGAUUUGUUUUCAAUACACCUCUGGUUGAAUAUUAAAUAAUUUUGGUAACUUUUUAUCAUUUUAAGAUUUAAAUCAAAGUUAGAGAUUCCUCUUUUUCUUUUAAGUCUGCUAAAUUAAUUAAGUUAUCAAACAUAUAUUGAUAUUUUGCAUCUACAUUAAAAGUUUGUAACAAUAUUAAUGAUAUUCUACAAAGAAAUUCAGUGUAUUACACUAACUUUUAAGAGAUUUAUUUAUUAUUUGAGUAUCAGAUAUGCAUUUAUUGAAAAGCAGACUUCAGAAUUUAUAUGCUAUUCUAAAAUAUACAAACUAGUAAAAUGUGUUUUUAUUGGUAGGUAUAUAACCAAUUAUAAUAUUUUAACCCAAAAAGUUAGAGAUUAACUAAAAUUGUAUGGUAUAUAUUUAAUUAAGGUAUCUACAUACAUGUUUUAAUAGUUUUAUGUACAUCAAAAGAAUUUAUGAUUUUUAUCUGAAGAAUACUGUAUGUGCUCAUGUAUUAUUAUUGCUCACAUUUUAUAAGUAGUGUUAUACCAGUUGACUUCUUCCAUAUGCUUGUUUUGCUAGAAAAUAAUAACUGUAAUUGAAAUUUGCAUUUUAUUUAGUCUGUAAUACUUCUAUUGCUUGUUAUCAUAUUACUAUUUUUACGUUUUCUUUACCAAAGGUUAAUAAUAUUAUAUUUCUCAUGAUUUUAUACUUUUGACACAUAGAUUAUAUAUACUACACUAUAAAGACAUAUUUUGAAGUAAUAAAAAUCAAAUACAUUGUG